AUGACUGCCGGAAAAAUUAUCACCCCUACAAAAUUACCGGAGGUGAUCAAAAUUCUUGAAUGGCUUCGCACUUAUUCUCACAUUAAACUUGAAGUGACCCUGUUUGACGAUGUGACAGAAGCGCCACACGUUCGUGUCCCGGACAUAGUUAUCGAUCUCUUACCAACAUUCAAUGAAUUUGGUUACGCCAAACACAGUUCUCUUCUUGAUUACAUCAUUCCAACAUACCAUCCUAAUCCAGAUGAAGAACCAGUACGCCUUGAGUUUCGUCCCGCAAAUCCCAAAGACGAUGAAAAUUCUGAUCCAUAUUUCCGUAUUACCGUGAAAAGGGGUUCAAAGUUUAGUGAAAUCUUUGAUGAACUUAAGGAUAAAUGGGAUUCGGUUGUGUAUCCUAAUGUGUGGGAUAAUUUGAAACAUCUUGCGGCGUUGUCCCGUCAAUACCUAGAAGAUGAUAAUGAUCAUGAAAAUUCAUCUCCCUAUAAUAGUCAACUUAAAAGCGUGGUAGUGGAUCAGAAAUGA